AUGCGAUCAGCCGUGGUUUCUCGGGGUAGCGCCCCCAUCUCUCUCUGUCGGGCUCGCCUUCGUUAUUUGGCUCUCCCGAGGCUGCCCGCUUCGGUUCGUUGUUUCGCAAUCGAUUCCCGCUCGAGUCUAGACUCUCCUUUGAUCCGACCAGCGAAUGCCACUCCUUUAAAAUCAUCAUUAUUGUACAAUGUUCCCUCCAAAUUAUCGUCAACGGCAUCAUUCUCUACAUCCCCAUCGUUGUCCGAUACGGACUGGGACGAAAACCCGAACCUACAAAUCUCCAACUUCUCCGAGCUUCCGUCGAAGGACUUUGGAGUCAAUCAACAUAUGAUAAUCAAUCAGGAAUUCAAAGAAGCUUUGCGACAGAUUCUGUGGCAAUUUCGGGCACCGAUUCGCUAUGCGUUUGCCUAUGGAUCGGGAGUCUUUGCACAGAAUGGCAGUGCAGCUUCCUCGACCCCAACCCAUCCCUCAGCGCCAGCUGCCAUCAAGAAUAUGCAACAGGGGCCCGGAAAGAUGAUUGACUUCAUUUUCGGAGUAUCCUACUCUCAACACUGGCAUGAUCUUAACCUGACCCAACACCGCGAUCAUUAUUCCGGGUUGGGCUCCCUCGGUUCGUAUGCAGUUUCCCAGGUCCAGGAUCGAUUUGGGGCUGGUGUCUACUUCAACACCCAUAUUACAGUAAGCGGAACACUGAUUAAAUACGGCGUUGUGAAUCUGGAUACCCUGUGCCAGGACCUUACCCGAUGGGAUACUUUAUAUCUGGCCGGCCGCUUGCAAAAGCCUGUCAAGAUCCUUCGCGACCAUCCUAAAGUGCGAUUGGCCAAUCAGAUGAAUCUCUUGUCCGCUCUGCGCGUGGCCUUACUCCUGCUCCCUGAGCGUUUCAGCGAGUUUGAGCUCUAUAGUACCAUCGCGGGGAUCAGUUAUAUGGGCGACCUGCGCAUGGUGCUACCAGCAGAGGAUCCCGGCAAGGUGCGCAACAUUGUGUCGGGGCAGAUGGCACACUUCCGACGUCUAUACGCCCCACUCAUCAACAACAUGCCAAAUGUCUCCUUCCAAGAUCCUCGAUGCAGCCAAGAAAAUUGGAUCGACGACCCGGAUGCCAUCAUGGGGAUGGCACAGGAUAUGGACCCGAUUCGGCGUGGAAAUAUGGUCCGCCGUCUUCCUGAAUCGUUCCGUGAUAAGCUAUACUUCCAAUACCAGGGCCGGUACUCAAUCCCUCGUGUCGAGUUCAACAAAAUGAUGGCCGAAAACAACGACACACAAGAUAUCGUCCGUCGACCCCAGGGAGGCCCCUUUGAGCGCCGUAUUGCCAGUGAUGAGAAGCUGCAAGAGGAGGUUUCUACGUCGAUCAUGAAGACAAUUCGCUGGCCCAGCACAAUCCAGACCAUUAAGGGUCCUUUGACUGCAGGUAUUGGCAAGAGUUGGAACUAUAUCAAGGAGAAGCGCGAAAAGCACAGAAAGUCGCAAGCCGUUGCCAAGGCUGCGGCUACAGAGGAGGCUAAAAGGGAGUCUUCAAAAGUUGACAAAAAGGAUGAGUAA